AUAGAGCAGCGAGGAAGGAUGCAGUAAGAGACGUGGGAAUCAACCACAAAAAGCCCUAAAUUCAUGGCUAUCUCGCGCCCCCUACAGGCAAGACCUUUCACUUCCUUGUAACCCCCUGCAGCUGCAGUGACAGUCAACCAUCGUACACACAAAACAAUCAUGGCGGAUAACAUAACCAUGGAGUCUAUAACGGAGCACGAGCGGAUUUUACAGGAAAUUGAGAGUACCGACACGGCUUGCGUCGGCCCCACGCUUCGAUCAAUCUACAAUGACCAGCCAAACGCACACAAGCGCUUCAUGGACAAGUUGGAUGCCAGGAUAAGGAACCAUGAUCGUGAGAUUGAGAAGAUGUGCAAUUUUCACCACCAAGGCUUUGUGGAUGCAAUUACAGAGCUCCUCAAAGUCCGCACGGAUGCGGAGAAACUUAUGACCCAAGUGACAGACACUAAUCGAAGACUACAAGAAGCUGGGAGGGAGGUAACAGCUCAGACAGAGGAGGUGAUUCGCUGUCGGAUCCAGCAGAGGAACAUGACCACGACUGUGGAGAAACUCCAGCUCUGUAUACCAGUCCUAGAAAUGUACAGCAAACUAAAGGAACAGCUGGAAUCCAGAAGAUACUACGCUGCACUGAAAACCAUGGAGCAACUGGAGAAUGUCUACAUACCUCGGGUUAGCCAGUACAGGUUUUGUCAGAUCAUGGCUGAAAACCUGCCCAUACUGAGGGAUGAGAUAAAAGAGAUCUCCAUGUCUGACCUGAAGGACUUCCUGGAGAGCAUAAGAAAACAUUCAGACAAAGUUGGAGAGACUGCAAUGAGACAGGCACAACAACACAGGACCUUUAACAGUGCCGUAGUGAGGCAGGCCGGUGUGGGCCACUACACUAAGCCUUUGUACUCCCUCAACGGGCAAACACAACCGCACAACAGUCUUAUGAUGGAUGAUGAUGCAGAAUAUGACGACUAUGCUGAUGAUGAGAUUCUUACAGCUCAAGACCUUGUAGACUUCUCACCUGUUUACAGGUGUUUACACAUUUACACUGUGCUGGGAGACAGAGAAACAUUUGAAAAUUAUUAUAGGAAACAACGGAAAAAGCAGGCAAGGCUUGUGCUGCAACCACAGGCUAACAUGCAUGAAACAGUGGAGGGCUAUAGACGAUACUUCAAUCAGAUUGUUGGGUUCUUUGUUGUGGAGGACCAUAUCCUCCAUGCCACACAGGGGCUGGUGACUAGAGCGUUCACCGAUGAACUGUGGAAUAUGGCCCUCUCCAAGAUCAUCGCUGUGCUACGCACGCACUCUUCAUACUGUGAAGAUCCAGACCUGGUCCUGGAGCUGAAGAACCUUAUUGUUAUCUUUGCUGACACACUACAGGGUUUUGGCUUCCCUGUGAAUCGACUAUUUGACCUGCUGUUUGAGGUCAGAGACCAGUACAACGAAACUCUGCUGAAGAAAUGGGCACUUGUAUUCAGGGAGAUCUUCGAAUUGGAUAACUACAGUCCCAUACCAGUGGAAACAGAGGACGAGUAUAAACUGGUAGUCAGCCGCUUCCCCUUCCACGAUGCUGAGAUAGAGAAGCAGGACUUUCCGAAGAAGCUGCCAAUGUCCCAGUCUGUCCCACAGAUAUAUAUGCAAGUGAAAGAGUUCAUUUAUGCCAGCCUCAAGUUUUCUGAGUCACUACACCGAAGUUCAACAGAGAUAGAUGAUAUGUUGCGAAAGUCCACCAACCUGCUGCUGACAAGAACACUUAGCUGUUGUCUGCAAAACCUCAUUAAGAAGCCACAUAUCGGACUCACUGAGCUGGUUCAGAUCAUCAUCAACACCACCCACCUGGAGCAAGCCUGCAGGUAUCUUGAGGAGUUCAUAACAAACAUUACCAAUGUGUCCCCGGAAACAGUACACACUACAAGACUUUAUGGCCUGUCUACUUUCAAGGAUGCCCGCCAUGCUGCAGAAGGAGAAAUCUAUACCAAACUGAACCAGAAAAUCGAUGAGUUUAUCCAGCUGGCAGAUUAUGAAUGGGGUAUGACGGAGUCAGAUGGGCGGGCCUCCGGUUAUCUCAUGGACCUGAUCAAUUUCCUGCGAUCCACGUUUCAAGUCUUCACACACCUCCCGAAUAACAACAAUGAACAUCCAUCCAUGUCGGGUAAAGUGGCCCAGACAGCUUGUAUGUCAGCCUGUAAGCAUCUAUCGACAUCACUGAUGCAGAUGCUGCUGGACACCGAACUGAAACAGAUCAGCAUGGGGGCUAUUCAGCAAUUCAACUUAGAUGUCAUUCAAUGUGAACUGUUUGCCAGCUCAGAGCCAGUCCCAGGUUUCCAAGGAGACACACUCCAACUGGCUUUUAUCGACUUAAGACAGCUCCUGGACCUGUUCAUGGUAUGGGACUGGUCAACUUACCUUGCAGACUACGGCCAGCCAACCUCCAAGUACCUUCGAGUGAACCCAGCCACAGCCCUGGCUUUACUUGAGAAGAUGAAGGACACCAGUAAGAAGAACAACAUCUUCUCUCAGUUCAGGAAGAAUGACAGAGACAAACAGAAGCUGAUAGAGACUGUUGUCAAACAACUGAGGAGCCUGAUGAUGUGGUCCUGAUGCCCUCAUCAGGCUGUGACAUUCAGCAUUUACUGGGAGGGAAUGACACUCAGCACCUCCAAUUCUGAGGCCAUGGUUCUCAGUCAGAAAUGUGGAUUGCUCCUUUCAGGUUGGGAGUGAGGUCUUGCCCCAGGUAAAGGAGAUCAAGUAUCUCGGGAUCUUGUUCACAAGCGAGGGAUGGCUGGAGUUUGAGACUGACAGGCGGGCAGGCACAGCAUCUGCACUAAUGCGGUCGCUAUACCCGAUUGUGAAGAAAGAGCUGAGCCAGAUGUCAAAGCACUCAAUUUACUGGUUGAUCUAUGUUCCUACCCUCACCAAAGGUCACGAACUUUGGGUAGGGCCCAACAGAGCAAUAUGGUAUUGUUAUUUUUUUGUAUUUAAGUUUUGACCUCUGUUUUUAUAAAUACCAUUUUAUAAAUACCGUCCUGUUAGUUAAGCACAAGCUGCAGAUUUGAAAUUAGAGGGAGGUUAUUUGUGUCGCUUGUUUCUGUUGCUGCACUUGCUCUCACUGGGCUACGGACACAUACCGAUUCACUUUAAUGUGCCCAUUUGUUUGUCAAACCUGGCUUGUAUGGUGUUUGUGUGACUUUUCAUCUACAAGCGAUUUGAACAGGUAAAGCAAGAUUUUUUUUAAAUCAUGGUGACUUAACGUGCAAUUAAAAUGUGUUUUUAUGGCCACAACGACAGUAAAUGAUGAUUUCCUCAGGUGUCCCAGUGGGUCAUCUUCAGGUUAGCGUGAGUCUGCAAAGUGGUAUGUGGAAGUAUGGAGCUGUAAACACAACAGAAUUUAUCCUCCACACUUGAACUCCCUUUCACCCCUCCUGUCUUCUGCUUUAUCACACUUGAACUGCAGAAUCCUGUUUCACACGCUCACAUUGUGAUGAGAAAAACUCAACUACAACAUAACCCGCUAGAAACCCACGCCCACUAAACAAUUCGUCCACUUUGGUCCACUUUAAACAAUGCCAUGCAGGAGUAUCAGUAAAAUGGUUGUUUUAUGACAAAAGUUUUUAAAGUGUGAGGCGUACCGCCCCUGGGGGCUGCCAGAGCACCACAGGGGAGGCACAAGAUGGGGUGCAUUUGGCAAGUAGAAUAUGGCCAAAAAACGCCAUUUAAACCUGUAAUUACACCUAAAGUCCACUGGAUGGCGACAAAGACCGGUGGAUGACUCAAAGUCACAACGUUAGACUUUGAAAAUCCCCAAGCUACAGUAAGUACAUAGCUGGUCGGUGUUCCACCGUUGGGCAAAUAGGGGACAUGUUUGAAUAUCACAGUUUUUCAAUGUUCACAUCAGAUGUGAACAAGACCGAUGGGUGGCUCCAAGACGUUAGACUUUGAAAACCCCUGAGUUACCAUACAUUAUAACUUCGGUGCCCACCGGUGAACACAAAGGGGACAAGUUAGAAUAUCACAAUUGAUUUGAAUUUAAAUGUUCACAACAAAUGCAUUGGAAAUUCACCAAAACAGAAGCGCAUGUUAAGACAGGGUUGAGUUCAAAAUCUAAAGCUUAAAAUUAUAAAAUAUUUUAGAGAAUCUUAGGAGAUAACAUGUUAAAAAUAUUCAGAUAUUUUGGCUUAAUGUAGGAUCACUCAAUCCAACAUCGACUUAUCCUCGAAGCUAUGCUGUCCAGGGCUAUAUGCUCCUGGUAGGGUUUCUCAAGGCAAACAACUGCUAGGUGAUGGGCCACGGAAAGAGUGAUUCAAAAGACAAAUCACACUAGAGAGACCGCACCUCGCUGGACGUGGGACAACUCACCCUGCCAAGGCUGGGGCAGAGGCUCGUAGGUGAGCCUCCACUCUUGGGGCCCGCCCGGGCCCAAAAAAGCCACACAAGAGCACCCCCACAUAGACUCACCACCCAUGGGGGAAAACAAGGGUCCGGUGCCUUGCGUGUUGGUUGGCGGUUGAGCGCAGGCACCUGGGCGACCUGGUCUUUGCCGUCCAAAUCUGUUUUUUGGGACAUUCUCACCUCACCAGGUGGGGAAGGAGCCUGCGCUUGUACGAGAGGUUGAGACAUUCCGACUAGACAUAGUUGGAUCACCUCAACACACAGUUCAGGUUCUAGAUCCAAACUGCUUGAGAGGGGCUGGACCUUCUACUUGAGUUGCCGCAGGGGAGAGCCGGCCAGCUGGUGAACUAGAGGGUCCCUUUCCCAUGCCUUCAUGUAGGGGAAAGGGUCCUGACUGUUGUUUGUCUUGGAGUUCAGAAGAGGGGUGCUGAAGAGCAUCCCCGUUGGUGACUUUGUAGUUCUACUGGGAGAUUUCAAUGCCCAUGUAGGCAACGACAGUGUGGCCUGGACACGCUAGGCCGCAGGUCUAUGACCGACUUUGUAGUCGUAUCAACAGAAUGCGUCCACAUGUUUUGGACACACGGAUGAAGAGAGGGGCUGAGCUGUCAACUGAUCACCACCUGGUGAUGAGUUGGAUUAGAUGGCGGAGGAGGAUGCCGUACAGACAUGGCAGACCCAAACAUAGUUAGGGUGUGCUGGGAACAUUUGGCAGUGUCUUCCACCCAUUAAGUCUUCAACUCUCACCUCCGGCAGAGCUUUACCUGCAUGCCGGGGGAGGACGAGGAUAUCAAGUCUGAAUGGGCUGUAUUGCAUGCUUUUAUUGCUGAGGCAGCUGAUCGUCGCUGUGGUCACAAGGCUGUCAUGGCGACAAACCCCGAAGUUGAUGGUGGACGCCAAAGGUUAGAGGGGCCGUCAAGUUGAACGAGUCUUACCGACCAUGGAUGGCUUGUGCUACUCCUGAAGCGGCUGGCCAAGUGGCACGCGGCUUCGGUGGCGGUCAAGGCAAAAACUCUGAUGUGGGAGGAGUUUGUUGAGGCCAUGGAGCACAAUUUUUGGUCACCUGAAAAGAGGUUCUGGUAAACCAUCCGACCCCAACUGAGGUUCUUUGAGGUCCUUUUCAAUCCCACUGACAUACCUUCCGUGGAGAAAGCAGAGUCUGACGACAUGAACACGGGCAGAUGCAUCAUCGUGGCUGAGGUAGUCAAAAACUAAAGUCAGACAAAAAUGAAAUCAUUGUCUUUGGCCCAUCGAAACACAGACAAAGUGUUAUUAGCCACCUUGAGACUCUUUCUCUAAAGUCUAAUCAUCAGGUUAGAAAUCUAAGGGUAAUAAUGGACUUCGACCUGAACUUUAACAGCCACAUUAAAUCAAUAACAUCAUCAUAUUUUACCACCUAAAAAACAUUAGGGAAUCAAGGGAAUAAUGUCUAAGCCGUAUUUAGAGAGACUAAUCCGUGCCUUUGUCUCCAGCAGGCUGGACUACUGUAACGACCUUCUCACCGGGCUCUCUCAACGAGCUGUAAAACAGUUGCAGUACAUCCAGAAUGCUGCUGCUCGAGUCCUUUCUACUGACCAUAUCAGUCCAGUACUCAGGUCUCUGCACUGGCUUCCUGUUGCUCAGAGAAUAAACUUUUAAACAGCGCUCCUUGCGUACCAGUCUUUUCAUGGUUUUGCACCAAAGUGCAUCUCUGACAUGUAGGAGCCACAUAAACCAUCCCAGGCUCUGAGAAGCUCAGGCAGUAGUCACCUGCGGAUGCCCAGGGUCAGGACUAAACACGGUGAAGCUGCUUUUACGAAGUGAUUUUACCAUACUUUUCUGUAAAGUACUUGGAAUUACUUUGUGUAUGAAUUGUACAGAUGGUUGGUCCCCCUUUUCAAGAAGAGUGAUCAGAGGGUGUGUUGCAAGUACAAGGGAAUCACACUCCUCAGCCUCCCUGGGAAAGUCUAUUCCAGAAUGCUGGAGAGAAGGGUACGACUGCUAGUCGAACCUUGGCUACAGGAGGUGCAGUGUGUUUUUUAUCCUGGUCGUGGAGCACUGGAUCAGCUCUACACCCUUUCAUACUGAAAGGUGCAUGGGAGUUUGCCCAACCGGUUCACAUGUGCUUUGUGGACUUUGAAAAAGGAAUUUGACCAUGUCCUUUGCCGUGUUCUGUGGGUGGUGCUCCUGGAAUACAGGAUUGGUGGCUCGCUACUACGAGCCAUUCGGUCCUUGUACAACCAGAGCAGGAGCCUGGUUCACAUUGCCGGCAGUAUGUCGAGCCUGUUCACAGUGCACACCGGCCUCCACCAAGGUUGGCCUUUGUCACUGAUAGUGUUUAUAAUUUUUAUGGACUGAAUUUCCAGGCGCAGCCAAGGCACUGAGGGGGUCCUGGUUGGGGGGCCUUACAAUCUUGUCUCUUCAGCGUCUUCUGGUGUGGUUUGCAGCUGAGUGCGAAACUUCUGGGAUGAGACAGGACCUCCAAAUCUGAGGCCAUGGUUCUCUGCCGGACAAGGAGGAGCUCAUCUGGGAGACGAUCAGUGAAAAGCCGCUGCUGUUUCACAUCGAGAGGAUCCAGUUGAGGUGGCUCAAGCAUCUAGUCCGAAUAUCUCCUGCACGCCUCACACACACACACAUAAUAGUUUUUAGAAUAAGUGCAUUUUGGAUACAUAAAUACAUAUAAAUAUUGAUGCUGUUUUGUGUUUUGCAAGAGUGAAUAAUGCCGACCCCUGCUACGAAAAAGACUUCCAAGAGUCCUUCAUUUUCACUUAGACUUUACAUUACAAUUGUGUUUAUUUCUACUAAUUUAGCUCUUAAUCAUAAUUCCAUAUAUCUUGUUGUGAAAGCUUAUGAGACGAAUAAAGAGACAAGAAUCAGUUAAUUGACUAUUCCUUCUGUCAGGGCCUCAGUGAUUUAAUAAAACAAUAUUUUUAUUUAAUAUAAUUGGUUACGAUUUUCAAUCACUAUUAAAUUUAUAUGGUAGCCUAAUUCUAACUGAUUUACCCUCCAAAAGCAAAUGUUCGGUGCCAACACGCACAGUCUUCACAGUCUAUUUUCAAACCAGGAAGUCUCACAAAUGGCAUUAAAACCACCUUUGAGUAACCUUCAAAUGCACGCUGGUCUGCCCCUGCACACGCCCGGGUGUCAAACCAGUGUCCACGGAAUGAGAGUCGGGAGCGCUAGCCAUUGAGCUAGCGCUCCCGACGGUUUGAUAACACAACAUACUGAACAUUUUUUUUAAAACAAGAAUCGUGUGCCACCCAUCCAUCCGUUUUUUUAAUGCCGCUUAUCCUCACUAGGGUGGUGGGGGUAUGCUGGAGCCUAUCCCAGCUGACUUCAGGUGAGAGGCGGGGGUUCUACCCCGGAAUCGUGUGCACAAGUUUGAAUAUAUUUUGCCUUUUCUCUGAUUUACCUAAGGUAAAUAUUAUACAUUAAAUAUGCACCCGCACUAAUAAUUAAAGUUAAAUGUCCCUGAGCAAGCACCUUUCCCUGCACCAGACAUGUGAUGCAGGAUGCCAAACAAGAUGUUUUUAGUACAGAUCAACCUCAGGAGAUGAUUUGUGUCGGUUGUGUUUCACACCCACCUGGAGAGAGGCCAAAGUAUGAGACAAGAAGAGCAGUACAAGUGCUGAGCCAAAAAUGUUUCCCGUCCAGUCUGAGUAAGGGAAGUUUCCACAGUCAGAUUGUCAACAAGUAAAGGCAGGCCGUCAACUUUAAUGCAAGUUUGUGAAUCACUUUGGCCAUUUAUCUUCAAAAUGUCCAUCUGUUUUCGAUGUCACCUGUAUUCAUGAGGGUCCCGGCUGAGCUGGAGCCUAUCCCAGCUAAGGUACACUCUGGACUGGUCACCAGUCAAUCCAAUCACAGAACAUAUAUAUAUAUACAGUAUACCUGUACAUUUAUAUAUAUAGACAAACUAUCAUCCACAACAAUCCAGUCUCAGAAGUCUACAGACAAAUACUUUGACUUCAUGCCUGGUUUGUACUCUAACAAGCACUAUCAAAUGUACUCGAAACAAGUGUGUGCCUUUCCAAAUCAUGUCCAGUCAACUGAAUUUACCACCGGUGGACAAUUAAGCUGCAGAAGCAUCUCAAGGAUGGUCAGUGGAAACAGGAUGCACCUGAGCUCAGUUCUCACCACGGUGAGUACUUUCCGGAUGCACGAUACGUUUUCAUUGUAAAUGCAUGAAAUUACUAUUAAGCAAAAAAAUUAAUUACUUUCAAUUACUCUCUGACAGUAUUAGUCAUAUGUUAAAAAAAACUUUACUUAAAAACUACUGUACUUGGAAAACUUGGAAUGGAAGCUUUCACGGUUCGAAUAUCACUCCCUUGCUCUAUCGCAUUUUUUUAAAAUUAAUUAAUAAAUGAUCACUCUUUUGUGGUUGACUAUGGCCUAUUAUUAGUCAAUAAGUAUUGGAAGACAAGUUAUAUGCAGGAUUCUGGUCACUAGGCGUCAGUAAUGUCCCAAUGAUGACUCAUUACCUUACAUUACAUUACCUUAACAGUGCAUUGAGUCAGCCAUGGCAGGUCCGACAUGAUAGUGAGAAAAAAAAAGUCCUCAGAUUCUGUGUGGAAGUGGUAAAUUUUGGCUUCUUACUUAGUCCUUCUUCACCACUCCGUCAGAAACACUUUCUUUCGUCUAGAGCAGGUAAAUUGGAGGCUAACUAUUUAGCUCAAUAGCUUGCUUUACAUCUCUUAGUUCCCUGCAGUGAUCCCCUAGCCUGCGCAAUGUGGCAUAAACAAAGAAUAAUAGGAGUAUAAAGGUGAAUAUAGGGGUGUUAUUUCAUGUCUACAGGGCUCAAAUAAUGUUAAAAACCAUAAUUAGACAUUUAUAAACACAUUUGUCAACUGUGAAAAUAUUCAAUUUAUUACUAUUAUAUUUAUUUAUACAAUAUCUACUCAAUACGGGAACAAAUACACAGUGAUGUGUGGCCAGGGGAGACAGGUGAUAUUUAAAAAAAAACAAAAAACUAAUAGCAUAAAAUAAAUAUUAAUAUUUUUCUAUUGACCUGUAUUAUAAAUGUAUUUUCUGCAUCUUGUCACUGCCG